CUUUACUUCUUCCUUUCUGUUAUAACUUCUGCUUCUCUUCUCCAUAAUCGAGCCCAUUUCCCCAGAUUCUAUACCCCAUAUUUAAACGCCACUACAAACUCACAAUGCUGCUCGACACGACUCAAUCGCAACAUCUGCAGACCGAAAUCGCACAGCUCGAGGCUCGCCUCCAUGACAUGCGGGCCCAGCUCGAUGCCUCUCAAUACCCCAGUCCUCCUGCAUCUCACCCCGACCAGAAGACAGCAUGGAUGAUGCCAUCAGACAUCUAUAAGCACGACAACAUCCACAAUAAAUUCCAAGCUGGCUCCGUCCACUCCUCCUCACUCCACGCCCUCCUCCUCCUCUCCGACUCCGCCCUCCCAUUAGGCUCAUUCGCAUACUCCAGCGGGCUGGAGUCUUACCUCGCCCAUAACAAACCUCUCCGCGCCAACCCCAUCACCUCCUUCCACCACUUCCUCAAACUCUCCAUCGCCUCCAUCGCCAGCACAUCCCUCCCUUACGUGCUGGCAGGUUACCGCGAACCCGACACUCUCGAAACCCUCGACAACGACCUCGACGCUUCCACACCCUGCAUCGUCGCCCAGCGCGCCAGCAUCGCCCAAGGCCGCGCCCUGAUCGGUGUCUGGGAACGCGCAUUCCGCAUGAGCUUCGCCGGCCCCACUGCCACCGAUACCGGCGCCGAGGUAGCCGUCACCGCCAUGGAUGACUUCUCCGACUUGCUCAAGUCCUGCAGCGACGAGGAUAAUGAAUACGAUCUCGGUCCGAAGGGCCAUUUUGCGCCGCUGUGGGGAGUUGUCUGUCGAGCUAUGGGCUUGGACUUGCAUCAAGCGGCGUAUAUCUUUGUUCUGAACCAUGCCAAGGCGGUUCUGAGUGCUGCGGUGCGGGCCUCGGUGAUGGGUCCGUACCAGGCGCAGAAUAUUCUGGCCAGUCAGACGCUGCAGGAUACUAUUAUGAAGCGCAUUGAGCGUGAGUGGGAUACGGAGGUCGAGCAGGCCGGGCAGGUUGUUCCUGCUUUGGACUUGUGGGUCGGCCGACACGAGCUGCUUUACAGCCGCAUUUUCAAUUCUUGAUCACAUAGACCAGCAUUAUAUACCUAGCAUUGGGUUUGGGGCGUUUUCUUUUACGGAUGUACAUUAUUUGGAUUAGCGAAUUUACAUACGAUUGAUGAACAAGACA